CGGGCCCCGCCUCCUCGCCGGGCCCCGCCUCCUCGCCGGGCCCCGCCUCCUCGCCGGGCCCCGCCUCCUCGCCGGGCCUUGCCUCAUCGCCGGCCCCGCACUCCUCGCCGGGCUUGCCUCAUCGAGGGCCCCGCCUCCUCACCAGGCCUUGCCGCCUCCCUCGCGGGCCCCGCCUCCUCACAGCCUGCCUCCUCCCCGCCGGGCCUUGCCUCCUCGCCGGGCCCCCUCCUCGCCGCUCGACAGCCUGCACCCGGGCCCGGACCCGAUUGCACCGGACGGACCACUGGCCUCAUUGCCCGGCCUCGCUCCUCACCGGAACGGGCCUUGCUCAUCGCCGGACCCCGCCUCAUCACCCAGGCCUUCGCUCGCCGGGCCUUGCCUACUCGCGGGGCCUUCUCCUCGCCGGGACCUUGCCUCCUCGCAGGGCCUUGCCUCGCGCGGGCUGCCUCCUCGCCGGGCCUUGCCUCCUCGCCCUCGCCGGACCUCGCCACCUCGCCGGGCCCCGCCUCCUCAACCAGGCCUGUGCCUCCUCGCCUGGCCUUGCCUCCUCGCCGGGCCCCGCCUCCUCGCCGCUCGUCGCCUCGCCGGGCCCGGACCGGACCUCCCCGGACCGGACCUAGCCUCAUUGCCAGACCUCGCUCCUCACCGGACAGGCCUUGCCUCAUCGCCGGCCCCGCCUCCUCACCAGGCCUGGCCUCCCGGGGCAUGCCUCCUCCCGGGCCUUGCAUCCUCGCCGGGCCUUGCCUCCUCGCCGGGCCUUGCUCCUCGCCGGGCCUUGCUCCUCGCCGGGCCCGCCUCCUCGCCAUCGCCGGACCUCGCCUCCCGCCGGGCCCCGACUCCUCACCAGGCCUUGCCUCUCGCGGGCCUUGCCUUCCUCGCGGGCCUCGCCUCUCGCCGGGCCCUGCCUCAUCGACGGGCCCCGCCUCCUCACAAGGCCUUGCCUCCUCGCCGGGCCUUGCCUCCUCGCCGGGCCUUGACUCCUCUCCGGGCCCCGCCUCCUCACCGGGCCCCGCCUCCUCACCGGGCCCCGCCUCCUCACCAGGCCUUGCCUCCUCGCCGGGCCUUGCCUUCUCGCCCUCGCCGGGCCCAACCUCCUCACCGGACCUCGCCUCAUUGCCGGACCUCGCCUCCUCACCGGACCGGUGCCUCCCUCGCCGGGCCAGCUCUCACCGGGCCUUGCCUCCUCGCCGGGCCCCGCCUCCUAGAUGGGCCCGCCUCCUCACGGGCCCCGACUCUCGCCGGGCCCGCCUCCUCACCAGGGCUUGCCUCCUAGUGGGGCCUUGCAUCCCGCAGGGCCUUGCAUCCUCGCCGGGCCCCGCCCCCUCGCCGGGCCCCGCCUCCUCACCAGGCCUGCCUCCUCGGCCGGGCCUUGCCUCCUCGCCGGGCCCCGCCUCCCGCCGCUCUCGACGCGCUCGCCGCUAUCGCGGGCCCGGACCGGACCGGACCUCACCGGACCAGACCUCGCCUCAUUGCCGGACCUCGCCUCCUCACCGGACCGGGCCUUGCCUCAUCGCCUGGCCCCGCCUCCUCACCAGGCCCCGCCUCCUCGCCGGGCCCCGCCUCCUCACCGGACCGGACCUCGCCUCCUCGCCGGGCCCCGCCUCCUCACCGGGCCCCGAAUUCUCACCAGGCCUUGCCUCCUCGCCGGGCCUUGCCUCCUCGCCGGGCCCCGCCUCCUCACCGGGCCCCGCCUCCUCACCGGGCCCCGCCUCCUCACCGGGCCUUGCCUCCUCGCCGUGCCCCGCCUCCUCACUGGGCCUUGCCUCAUCGCCGGGCCUUGCCUCCUCGCCGGGCCCCCCUCCUCGCCGGGCCUCGGCUCCUCGCCGGGCCUCGCCUCCUCGCCGGGCC